UUUGUGCUUCCGGGGCACGUUGUCUUUCCUCUUCCCUGUCGCGGACUGACAAGACGAAGUUGUCAGAAUGGUCCGCUAUUCUCUUGAUCCCGAGAACCCAACUAAAUCAUGCAAAGCCAGGGGAUCCAAUCUGCGGGUCCACUUCAAGAACACCCGUGAGACUGCUCAGGCCAUCAAAGGCAUGCACAUCCGCAAGGCUACCAAGUACCUGAAGGAUGUCGUUGUGAAGCGCCAGUGUGUCCCCUUCCGUCGGUACAACGGGGGAGUUGGCCGGUGUGCCCAGGCUAAGCAGUGGGACUGGACACAGGGCCGUUGGCCAAAGAAGAGUGCUGAGUUCCUUCUCCACAUGCUCAAGAAUGCCGAGAGUAAUGCUGAGCUCAAGGGCCUCGACGUGGAUUCUCUGGUGAUCGAGCACAUCCAAGUCAACAAAGCUCCCAAGAUGCGCAGGCGUACCUACCGUGCUCACGGCCGCAUCAACCCCUACAUGAGCUCCCCUUGCCACAUUGAGAUGAUCCUCACAGAGAAGGAGCAGAUUGUUCCCAAACCAGAAGAGGAGGUUGCUCAGAAGAAGAAGGUUUCCCAGAAGAAGCUGAAAAAGCAGAAGCUCAUGGCUCGAGAGUAAAUGUAUUUUUAAUAAAGAUAAAAUCCAGCACAAA